AUGGAAAUCUUGGCAAAAAGGGCCGAACUUGUUGCUAGACAGAAAGGAUUAGAGCAAAAGCAUCAACUGGAAGAAGAAGAGAAUAGGCUAAAACAAAGGAGAGAAAGAUUAGAACUCGAGACAGAAGUGGAAAUCGCAAAUGCCCAGUAUGCAAUUUUUGACCAGUAUGACCAAGAAUCUAACAGUUCGCAAAAGAAAGAUCAUUCUCAAAAGUCCUUCAACCCAUCAAAUAGCCGAAAUGAAGUGUUGAAUCCACUUGCUAGAGAAUUCACCCCGAAUCAGAACACAAGCUCACCAGCUGGAGUCAGCAAUACACACUUCGAUGAAGUGUGUAAACAACAGAAUGAAAUAAUGCAGCUUGUGGUAGAACACCAGAAGCUAGCCAGUCUACCCAUUAGAAAAAUACCUACGUUUAGUGGCGACCCAUUACAAUUUAAGCCUUUCAUAAGAGCUUUUGAACAUGGCAUAGAAGACAAGACCAUUAAUCCCAAGGAUAGACUCUAUUACUUGGACCAGUACACCAGCGGUGAACCAAAUGACUUGGUAAGAAGCUGUAUUCACAUGAAUCCGGAAAGUGGUUAUGAACAAGCCAGGUCACUGUUGGAUAAGAAAUUUGGGAACAAAUACAAGCUUGCAGCAGCUUACAUGGACAAAGCCUUGAAAUGGCCAGCUAUAAAGUCAGAAGACAGUGACGCACUUACCAGCUUUUCUAUAUUCCUGACAAGUUGUGGAAAUACCAUGGCAGAUAUAGAGUACAUGAGAGAAUUAGAACAUCCCAAAAACCUCAGGGAACUGAUUCAAAAGUUGCCAUACAAAUUAAGAGAAAGAUGGAGGGCAGUUUCAUUUGAUAUCUUGGAAAGAAGAAAUGUCACCUUUGCAGACCUUGUUCGUUUCGUGGAUAGACAAGCACAGAUACUGUCGAGCCCACUGUUUGGCACAAUUGCCGACGACAGACAAGCUCAACCAAAGCCUAACCCGAAAGAAGCACCUAAGAGAUUUAAGAGCUUUGCCACUGAUACAUCGAAAUCUGAAUCGCGAAUUCAUGAGGUGGCAACCAAAGAAACCUACCCUGGUCAGGCAAAAUCAGAGACACAAAGUAAGCCAUUCACAGCACGAGAGAGAGCUUUGAGGGCAUUCGCCAAGCCAUGCUGGUUCUGCGACGAGGAUCACUGUAUGGAAAUGUGCAUAAGACUUCAGUGUAAGACACUGGAUGAAAAAAUUGACUUUCUAAGACCAAAGGGAUUGUGUUUUGGCUGUCUACAGUUCGGACACACAAGUCGCCAGUGCCCCAGCAGAUUGACCUGUCAUAUCUGCAAAAUGAGACAUGCAACGUGUUUCCAUGACAACAAUAAAGAUAAACUAAAGAAGGAAAAGGAUCAGACGAAGCCAAAGGUUGUAACAAACAACAGUUUGGCUACACGUCACAGUGAAGAUCUCAAAGACUUGAGCUAUAUGCCUGUAGUUCCUGUUAGAAUCAAAGUCGCCGCUGGGGACAGAUAUGUCAAGACAUAUGCCUUCCUUGACAACGGCAGUUCAGCAACGUUCUGCACAAGCAGGUUGGCUGACGAGCUUCAUGUCACAGGGAAGAUGACAAAUAUAGUUGUCAGCACCAUGACUCAAAAGAAGUCUGUGAAUACCUCCAUUCUAACAAACCUAGAAGUAGGUGACAUCCAUGGAAGGAACUGGAUCAAAUUACCUACAGUAUUCACACAAGAUGAAAUGCCUAUUUCCACAAGCACUAUUCCCAAAGAAGAGUUCAUUCAUCAAUGGCCGCAUCUAUGGGACGUCACACUACCACCUAUAGAUGCAGAGAUAGGGCUGCUAAUUGGCAACAAUGUACCUAUGGCAUUGGAACCCCUGGAAAUAGUCAACAGUCAUGGUAACGGACCCUAUGCUGUAAGAACGAUUCUUGGCUGGAUGGUAAAUGGGCUUGUCCAGGAAUCUGAAUCUCCCAGCAAGAUCUCAGUCAACAGAACUGAUGUUCUAGCAGACGAGUCCCUUGAUCAUCAGUUGAGAGGAUACUUCGACAGAGAAUUUAACGAGCGCCUCAGCAAUGAUAAAGAAGAACUGUCAAGAAAUGAUCAGCAUUUCUUGGAUAUAAUGAACUCAUCCAAGAGAUUAACAGGAGGACACUACCAGAUGUCUCUGCCAUUCAAAGAUUCCAAAAUCAACUUACCAAACAAUAAAGUACAGGCCAAAGAAAGAGCUAUUUCGCUUAAGAAGAAGUUUCUGAAGAAUGAUGCUUUCUACAGAGAUUACAAAGGCUUUAUGAAGGAUCUCCUAGACAAAGAUUAUGCCCAAAGGGUUCCCGAGAGUAAGAAAGAUCGUCAGGAUGGGAAGGUGUGGUACAUACCACAUCAUGAUGUAUACCAUCCAAAGAAACCAGAUAAGAUAAGAGUAGUAUUUGACUGUGCAGCAGAAUACAGAGGAAAAUCACUAAAUGACCACCUGCUACAGGGGCCGGAUCUCACCAAUGCCUCAAUCGGAGUGCUCCUGAGAUUUCGCCAAGAACCAAUAGCUCUAAUGGCGGACAUUGAAGCCAUGUUUUACCAGGUCAGAGUUGAACCAGACUUGGGUGGUUCAUAUCCAAGACGUCGAUGGCGCCAAGUGCAGUAUAUGGCGGAUUUGUUCUGGAAGAGAUGGUUAAGAGUGUAUCUGCCAUUACUACAAGAACGACAGAAGUGGGUGAAGAUAAGAAGAAAUUUGAAGAUUGGUGACAUCGUGCUCAUAGUGGACAAUACAGCACCUAGAAAUUCCUGGUCAAUGGGCAAAGUUGUGAAGCUUAUGCCAGAUAGAAAGGGUGUUGUUAGACGUGUCGAAGUGAAAACCCAGACAAAGGUUUUGGACAGACCAAUCAUCAAGCUGUGCUUGCUUCUUGAGGGUGACACUUAA